GGUAGUUGCAAUUGAGAGUUCGACCCGCGAGGUUAAUGCUACCAGCGCAACUACUACCAACCGCAUGAUGAGGCACUCCAGAAACCGAUCGUGGACUCUGACCCUGCUGGCGCUGGGCGUGGUCCUGUCCACUUCAGCCCAGGAUGUGACCCCGUCGAACCGGAUUGCUGGGCCGGGUGAGCCGCUCUACUACCUGAUGGCGGAUGCGGGUCCUUUGGUGACCCCGAACGAGGCUCUCAAGCGCACGAACCGCUCGCUGCUCAAGUGGUGGGAUGAUCUCUUCCCCCGGAACAACAACUGCUGCAACAACAACAAUAACAACAACAAUCUGGUGUAUCCACCAGCUCCGCUGCUGCCCGCGCCCGCUGCGCCCAACAACUGCAACGGCCUGCAGCUGCAGGAUCUGGAUCCCUUCAAGCAGAUGAAACUCUUCAAGAAGCUACCCGAACUGUUUCCCACAGCCACACCCUGUGGCCAGUGCGGCGGCGGUUGUGGCCAGAACAACUAUGUGGCACCGGCGCCACAGAGUCCUUCCUACGGCGGUGAUGGCUACGGAGUCCCGCCCAGCGGUGGUUACACGAAGCCCAAUCCAGAGUACGACGGUCCCGGCGAUGGCGAUGCGGGCUAUGUAGCGCCAGCAGCUCCUGCCUACGAAGCUCCUGCACCACCAGCUCCUGCUUACGAAGCUCCAGCAGCACCAGCUCCUGCCUACGAAGCUCCUGCGCCUGCAGCUCCUGCGUAUGAAACUCCGGCACCACCUGCUCCAGCCUACGAAGCGCCUGCAGCUGAUUACAACGCUCCCGCUGCCCCAGCUCCACCCUAUGAGCCACCAGCACCCAGCUACUCCCCACCGGAGGCCACACCCGAAGUCUAUGGCAAGGGACAGGUGUACAGCCAGCCCGCGCAGCCAAGUUACGUUGGAGCACCACCGGCACAGAUCGUUUACCAACCCAUCAUCUACCUCACCACUCCACUGGCAUCGAAGUCGUACACCAAGGCGGAGUAUGAUGAUCAGAAAUAUGCCACUCCAGUAGCACCACCACCACCACCGCAAGCAGCUCCCGUUUACGAAGCGCCAUCGCAGAGUUGCUACCAACCGGCGGCACCACCUGCUUCAAACUAUGCCACGCCCACGUGCCAAACGCCCAUCCGCCUCUCACUCAUAGACCAGCCGUAUCGAGUGGCUCCGGAACUGUUCGAGGAAUACAACUACCGCCUGGCCCUGGGCUCCCAGAAUCUUUUGUAGUUAUCUAAACGCUGAUGCUUGACCAAUCUGUAAAUAAAAGUCUUCUAAUGA